AUGCCUACGAAGCCAAUCAAGCCACAGGGUGUCAGCGACUGCAAGAAGCCCCAGAACACCAAGGAAGCAAAAGUUGUCACUACCGGACAAGAUCAUCAAGGACCCAGCGGCCCUGGAUUCAUUCCUAUUCAUCGCGAUUGGAUGGGCUUCAAGUAUGACAAGUUCCCCUCCACAGGCACCAUGGGGCAGGCUCAGUAUUCAACCGUAGAUGCGGCUCCCAACGCGGCAAUGCAACGUUGGGAAGCGGAAGCUAUGCGGAGCCAGCCUUUCCAUGGCAUUAAGGCCGUUGCUCUUCCAGAGACCAGAUCAGUUAGCCACAAUCAGUCCGAAAGUCAACGCUCCGGCUCGAGCGUGGGAUAUGUAGCCGAUUAA